AAGCAGCGGGGAAGACCGCGUUAAAAGGCCGCGAGGGGAGCGUUUGGCGCUUUGAGAGAGAAAAAGGCGGAGAAAAGAAGAGGAGAGAGAGGGAGAGGCAGAGAGCAGUGAUCGAUCUUUUCCUUCAGCUCUUCUGCUUUUCUAUUCCUCCUUUUUCUUCUUCAUCCCCCCCUCUCUCUUUCUCUCCGUGGAAGAAGAUCAGAAGGUUUUCUAGGGUUUCUGACCUUCGAUUUCCGGAAUCAUAUAAGAUGGAUUGCUUGAGGAGAAUCAUUUCCAUUGAACAAAUUUCUGUAGAUAAUCUGGAGUGUGCACUGGAUAUGAAUGGAAUUGGACAUAUUGGCAAUCAAAUUGUUCCUAGUGCUAAGGAAGUAAUCUGUCCUGCACCUCGUCGGCCUGCAAGGGUUCCUUAUACCCUGGAUGGUCUUGAUAGAUUUUGCUACAGACCAAAAAGCAACUUAUCCAUGCAAAAAGGAGAUGCUGGGUUGGAAAUCUUGGAUAUAGUCUUGAGCAAGGAUGAUCCGAGAGAUGAUUUGGAUAGAAGCAACCAAGCAGGCUUCUACUGUGGUUCCCCUCCGGUGCGCACAAACAAUCCACUAGUCCAUGACAUGCAGUUUGGCAGGCAAAUGCAGGCCCAGGUGUUUGCAUCUCCCUUGGGGAAUUCCCAUGGGGGAAAGCCUUCUACGUCAAGGGUAGAAAGAGUCCCCUCAUGUGGGUCCUCUUUUGGUGGGACUCCCAUAGUCAGGAUCGAAGGUUUUGCUUGUGGGAGCUCUAAGUCUCAAUGCUUCGUCCCCGCCCUUGCUUGACCUGGCCUCUGUCCCCAUAUUCGGGAGCCUCCUGCUGUUCACCUUUUGAGACACCACCCCCCCCCCUGCCACUAGAGCUCUUGUUGGCUAUGUUCUUUCAGGAUCACAGUGUUAGAAAUCUCCAUUAGUAAUUCCUUCCAGAGAGUGUUUUUGUCUUGUAAAUAUCAGAGUCUUGAGGCCCAUCCAUCACUAGCCUUUUGUCUAUCCAGCGUGUGAGUUAGUUGGGAGUUGUUGUCCAGGGUGUUUGGAAGGAGUUGAGAAGUGGAUGGCAGUCCUAACUCUCUCUAGAAUAGAGGGAUGUAAAUGUACAGGUGGAAGAUGCGUUUGUAUAAAAAUCUGUAAGCUUAGUGUCAACUUUAAUAGUCCUUUCCAAUUCAA